CUGUAGGCUACUCGUAAAACUCAUAUUGCGACUUUCCCUGCAGUAGCACGCCAGAGUGGUACAGCCGUCGGAGCUGACUUUCGCGGUCUCUUCAGUGAGUCUUCCUCUCGAUACAAAAUGGCAGGAAAGUCGACCAAAGUGCUGAAAAGACUACACCUGGAAGACCAUGACGAUGAUGCACAGAAACGAGCUAGAUCUAACGAUGGCUCCCCUCGUCCUACCACACCAGCAACUGGGGCUUCAGGCGGUAGACCUGACGUGAAUCAGGCCAUCGCUGCGGCCAAAGCAAGAGCGGCGGAAUUGAAGGCCAGGCUGAACAAGCAGAGCACAACACCGUCGAGCGCCCCAGCAACUGCCUCCCCAACUCCUCCACCAUCUGCUACAAGCAGCAAGAUUGCUGAGCUCAGGGCACGUAUUGCAGCGGCAACAAGUCGAUCAUCUACAUCGAGCCAACAGAGGGACCCGUCCAGUGCGACGCGUACCCCGCCUGUUUAUAACGAUGAUAGCUCGAGAGGACGUGGCGGUCUUGACAUCGGUCUACAUCCUGCGCUGCUUGCAGAUACACAACCAGAUACUCAGAGAAAUCAAACAAAAGCGCGACCACGAUUUGGGUCAGGGCUAGGAAAUCAAAGAACCGAGUCCCCGGCUCCGCAAAAGGCGCAGCUGGAUUUGUCUGCGCCUACUUUCGAAGAAUUGAAGGACAAUCCGUACUUUGAUACAAGCCUUGGUCCUCGAAAUGUCAUUGCAAAGGCACGGCAGUCCCGACAGCUCGUCUUCAACCAAAAAGGCAAAUAUAUCGCACAAGCCGCCGCUCUUCGACGGCAAGCCCAGCUUGAAGAGACAAAGAGAAAGAUCGCCGAGCGCACGCGUCUUGCGGGUCUUGAAGAAGAUCUCAACGCAGAAAGAGGCUUCCUCGUGCCCGCACCUCCAGAAAUUGAAUGGUGGGACGAAGGCCUCGUGGACGGCCAAUCUUACGACGUGAUUGAUGAUCCUUCCAAGCUCAAGAUUGACACGCCAGACUCCAUCAUCACGAUCUACAUCCAACACCCUGUCUUGAUCGAGCCUCCUCAGGAGAAACACAUCCCGGCCCCCAAGCCUAUGUUCCUGACAACCAAAGAGCAGAAAAAAGUGCGCCGCCAACGCCGUCAAGCCGACCUAAAGGAAAAGCAGGCAAAGAUCCGCUUGGGUCUUGAACCUCCUCCUCCGCCAAAGGUCAAGAAGAGUAACCUCAUGCGUGUUCUGGGUGAAGAAGCCGUCAAGGAUCCCACGGCCGUCGAAGCCCGCGUCAACCGCGAGAUAGCCGAGCGUCAACACACCCACGAAGAGGCCAACGAGUCACGCAAACUCACCAAGGAGCAACGCGCCGAGAAACUCGCACACCAACAGGAGGAAGACGCCGCGCGGGGCAUCCAUGUGCGCGUCUACAAGAUCGACAGCCUCGCCAACGGCAAGCACCGGUACCAAGUCGCCGUGAACGCGGAACAGUACGCCCUCACCGGCGUCGUGGUCGUGCACCCGAAACUCAACCUCGUGGUCGUCGAGGGCGGCGAACACUCGAUUCAAAAGUACGACAAGCUCAUGCAAAGCCGGAUCCGGUGGCAGGAGAUGGAGGCCCCCCGGGCCGUGGAGCAGGGCAACCGCGAGGUCCUGGCCAAGUGGCUCGAGGCCGAGGACGAGAACGGCGAGUUGAAGGACCUCAGCACCAACACCUGCGAGUUGAUCUUCAAGGGUGAAGCCAAGCAGCGCAGUUUCAGGAAAUGGGUGGGCGCUCGGACCUGCGAGACGGACACCCAGGCCAAGGAUGUGCUGAGUCGUGCGAAGAUGGAAAGUUUUUGGAACCUGGCCAAGAGCUGGAAAAAGGACUUUUAGACGAUCAUCACCUGCUCCGGUACUCAGGUACAGAGUGUUGGUUGAAUGAUUAGGUAAACAUCGAAGCGAUGGAACCCUUGCAUGACUCGAGAUUCUUCUACUGUAGAAGAAUGAAAAGAAGAAAAUACAUACGAAGUGUCUAGCAAAGUCUUGUCUGCACUGUUACUCAUACGUCCAUGAUCAGAGAAUUCUUCCUCUUCCCUCUUAAAUACGCAAUGACAACAGAACAGAAACAAACCCAGAUAGCUACUGUAUUUUAUUCGGACAAGGACUAUUGACAUUGAGGAAAUGAACAUUGCAAAUAUAACGGAAAAGCGAAACGGUGCCACACUACGUCUGAC